AUGGCGGAAUAUCUCGUUGACGUGACGCCGCGUAUGGCGUAUGUCGAUCGCCAGGAGUUGUUACGCUCACUAUUGUCUGAAAAGGAUUUUGUUGCACGGCGGCAGGAGCAACUUGAGAGGAGCACCACAGUGUACGUUGGAAAUCUGUCAUUUUACACCACGGAAGGGCAGAUUUGGGAACACUUUGCUUCAUGCGGACAUGUGCGGGAUGUUGUCAUGGGUCUGAACGAAGCGACACGGACGCCAUGUGGAUUUUGUUUUGUUGUGUUUGAGCAACAGUGUGCUGCGAUGUGUGCUGUGAGUGAUAUGCAUGGAUCACUGUUGGAUGAUCGCCGCAUUACGGUGUCGUGGGACGUUGGCUGCGACGCGUCGCGGCGAUGGGGACGAGGUGCGCAUGGCGGACAGGUCGUAGAUGUUCUGCGACAAAAUCUGGAUAGUGGGCGGGGCGGACUGGGGGCAUUGCGGUGCGGCGAGCUGCGCAUUGGCACUGCUCUGGCAGAAGAGCAGCUUGUGCACUACAAUUGGGUGCCGCCCAAACGUGUGCAGAAACACGCUCGAGGCACAUAA